UGGCGUUCACAUUAACUCCUUAGGUAAUCGCGCUGGAUGACUGAGCUUGCCAGGGGCGCGAUGAAUCAUCGUCUUGGGGGACGAGAUGUCUCCUGAUAAUCGCACGAUCUCUUCGAUCUGCCGCGGCCCUCGUGGGCGGCAAACCCGCACGCACAGUGAAGAUGGUGAAGAUGGUCCCCCCGCUAGGAGAAUUUCCCAUACAACGCUCUGUACAAUCUCCCUCCCCUUCCUAUCCACCUACACAGUUUGUUUCCACCCACCUAACGCGGAAUCAUGGCCCGAUUAUUCAUCACCGUUCAAACUAGACUAGCCCCUUGUCGGCGUGCGGCGUAUCCUUUUCGUCCCUCGCAUGCUAAUUACAUCCGACCCGCUGCCAAUGACGUGAGUGAUAGGAACCUCCUCCUCCUACUCCUCAUCUCAGCAGAGAGGGAGGAUAAUGGAAGGGGCCCAGCCGCACCCCGCAGCUCGCCCGUUACGUUUCUAUGUCGUGCCUUGGCCUUGACUCGCAUGAGGAUUCCACUGAUCCUUUUCGUCUUACUCCUUCAAACAAAAAUUCAGGGUCCUCUCAUAGAGCGGUUAUUGGUUGAUGUUGGCGAUACGAUAUCGUACCGUAUGCGCGGAAGGAAGGGGACACAUGCCUACUACCUAACUACCCAUGGCAUAACAUUGAAAGUCGUGUUCACACCUCCCCCCUGGUCACGGUCCCAUUCCCAUGCUGUAGGCACUGUAGUAUCAGCUACGGGCUGACUCCUUCAAGAUCCUUCCUCCAUCCAUGAUCAAGGUUAGGCGAGGAGUGGUGCUGUUCUAGGCUGGACGACGUCAAAGUCUUGGGAGGAGGUCGGUGUGGGUGCUGGGCAGCUGGUGCUGGUGUGGUUUUAUUCUUUUCCUUUUCUGUU